UUUGUUGACGAUUCACACUGACAGCGAACAGCUGUCAAAAUAAAGGAUGAACAAGUUAGAGGUUAACUCCAACAUAAAAUUUAAUUUAUUAGGGAACGUAAUAAUCAUUGAUGUUAGCGCUUUAUGUUGAAUGUAGUGUAGUGUCUAGUCAAACAUGUCCCAGAACGAACAUAAAUUUGUUUACUCACACGGCGACAAAUCAGUUGAAGUCGACAUUAAAAUCCCGUUUGAGGGGUCCGUUGGGGAGUUAGUCCAUGUUUUGAUCCUUAAAAACAACUUACCAAUAUAUGUGGAGAAAGAUCUUGCUGAGAACUUGUCCCAAUUUGUGAACGACUGGAGCAUAAAGCACAACAAUGAACACACGGCGUCUCUAAUAGACGACGCAAGAAACGACAAAACUAACAUUGACGAGAUAACGAAAGAAUGGGAGAAACUAAUGCGGGAGGAAAUGGCCGAAUAUGGGGAGCGUAGAUGCGCCUCAGAUGAGGAGCUUUUCGCCACAGCUUACCACAAAAUGGUGCAUUCACCAGCGCUAGAGACAAUGCUACAACUCGAGCACAUGUACUCGAAGACCGUGCGUGCUAAAACCGAGGAAAAAAACCGUUGUAUCCAGAACCUAUCAAUGAAACAAACUGAGGAGAUGAACCAUGCCGUGGACAGGCUGGAACAGGACAUGACCGAGUCAAAAAUCAACGAAUUAGUGGCGCGACACUACGAGGCCCAUUCGCUACUCAAAGUCAAACUAACCAGCGAGUUAGACACAAUCAAGGAGGCCCAAAGGAGGGAGUACCGGGAAUGGCUGAUGCAAAUGCUGGAGCAAAACCAAGCGACGAGUUCACUACCAACUCCCAAGUAUUGUACAAAAAUAAGUCAUUUGUUAUUCAAAUCAAUCGGUUCCAGCUCGCCUUUAACGCCACAUACCCCCCAACCCGCGAUUUAUUCGUCAGAGUGCGCCCGGAGCAUAGACACCCCCAUUUUGGAGGAGAGUUUCACCAUUCAUUUGGGGUCUCAGCUGAAACAGAUGCACAAUAUCCGCAUUUUGUCGGCAAAUGUCAUGGAGUUGUGUGCCGUGGAAGACAACGAUCAGUCGUCUGAGCCAAAACCACAACUUCUACAAACCGCCCUGGCUUUGUACUCAAGCGAUCUCUCGGGGCUUGUUCUCAUGACUGACAAUAAAAUUGGGUCACGACUCACCCAAGACUUUCAAGAAAUUUGCCAGAGAACUACUGAAUUCCACUUCCCGCAUAUUGACGACCAGUUGGACAAAAUCUCGAACACUGCUCAGCUGUACCUAAAGUCGCAGAAGGAGAACAGCAACAGAAACAUAAACAGCGAGUUGUUACAAGCCGGCGAUUUUUACAUCACCAGACAUUCCAACUUAGCACAAGUCCAUGUUAUUUUCCAUAUGGUUUCGGACGAUAGCUUAAGAGGCAGUGAUAUUAACAGCAGACAUCCCGUCGUGUUAGGGUUGAGGAACAUCCUAAAGACGGCCUGCUCCAACGAUAUCACUUCACUGACCAUCCCGUUGUUGCUACAAUACGAGAUGACAGAGGAAAUGACCAUAUCAUGGUGCGAAAAACGGGCAGAACUGGUUUUUAAGUGCGUCAAAGGUUUCAUGAUUGAAAUGGCCUCAUGGGGCGGCUCCGAGCUGAAAAACCUACAGUUUAUGCUGCCGCAAGGCAUCUCGAGCAGAGUUUUCCAGUCGCUAACCGAAAUGUUACCAAGAAUAUUUAAAGUAUCAAAUCCCAAAAUAUUGAAGUAAAUUAACCAUGUGAUAUGUAGGAAAAUAAGAACUUUUAUAUUAUCAAUAUUAAUUGAAUAAAUAUUUCAAGUUACA